AUGGAUUUGAAAUUGGACUAUUUUCCUGAUUUACAGAGAGGAAAAGAAGCUCUGGUUGAAAUAGACAUAAAACUAACUGAGGUGGGGAAAUGGAACAAGUAUUUGAUUGGGCAUUUCCUUGAUGGUCAAAUGCCUUACCCCCUUUUGGUCUCCACUGCUCGGAACCAGUUGAAAGAUCUCUUUGUGGCUAUCAAGCCUAAUGUAGCUGGGUUCUUCUUGUUUGAAUUCAGAGAUGAACAAGCUAAAAUGCAAGUGCUAGAAGGAGGACCGUAUUUCUUCUCCCAAAAGUAUCUUGUCCUUAAGGACUGGCAUAGGAUGAUGAAGCCUGCUCAGGAUCAACCCUCCAAAAUACCAGCUUGGGUUAAGUUGCACGAUCUUCCUUUUGAGCUUUGGAAUCAAGAGUGCCUGAGUCGGGUAGCAAGUACAAUUGGGAAGCCACUUCAUGUUGAUCAAGCCACAACCAAGACUGCUAAGCAGGCUGGCCUUCUCCAUACUAAAUCCACCAAGGCUAGAAUUUGUAUUGAGGUGAGUGCUGAGCAAGCUCUCCCGGAUGAGGUCACAGUCAUUGUUGCUGGAGAAUCUGUAGUUGUUUCAGUAGAAUACCAAGUACUGCCUCCCAAGUGUGACAUUUAUCAUGUUUUUGGCCAUCACACAAUCAAAUGUGCUAGCAAACCAUCCACAUCUCCAAUUCCUCCACAACCUUCAGUUCAAGCACUGACUGUGACUCCUGUUGGGAAAGAAAAUCAUAGAGUUGACUGUGAUCACCCCAAAGAAUCCAGUAGUUCACCUCCGGACACUCGCUCCAUUAGGGAAGAGCUUAGUGAUUCCGAAGAUGAACUUCUAGAAGUCUUAGAAGGGGUAGUGAGUAGCAAUCAAGAGGAAGGGGUAUUGAAUCAAAGUAUCAAGACAGCAACCUCUCUGGCUAAAGUUCAAUCCGAGCUCAAGCCCUCACUAGCCACUGAGCCACCUGAUCGGUUAGAUCCUGGAGUCAGCAAGGUAGCUGCUGAUCUGGUUUCUAAGGGAAGUGCUAGCUUCAACAAGCUCCUCUCCAAGUCUGCUAAGAAGCAUUUGAAGAAGCAAGCUAAGGAGGAGUCAAUCGUCUCUGCAUCUAAAGAAGUUAAAUCCUUUGUGAGCUCUAAUAAACUUAAUCUAGUUGGCUUUAUUGAGCAUAAAAUUAGGGCAAUUUGGGCAGAUAGAAUCACUCAAUACAUUUGUCCUGAUUGGAGUUUUGUGAAUAAUUACUCCCAAUCGGCUUUAGGGAGGAUUUUUGUGGGUUGGGACCCUAGUGUAUUCUCUCUUACCGUGUUAGGUCAGUUUGACCAAUGCAUUCACUGUGAGGUUCAACCCAAAUAUGGGAGUGCUCUCUUUUUGGUCACUAUGGUCUAUGGGGCAAAUUCUAAUUUGGAUCGUAGGUCUCUAUGGCAUUGUCUAACUCAAUUCAGGACCUCUUCACCUUGGGUGGUCCUGGGUGACUUUAAUGCUAUUAGACAUCCUAGGGAAAAAGUUGGGGUUAUUCCUCAGUGGUCACCACACAUGGAUGACAUCAAUCACUGUUUGUUUGCCUUUGAACUUGAUGAUCUUAGGUUCACCGGGUGCUUAUUCACUUGGUCAAAUAAACAGGUCCCUCCUCAAUUUGUGGCCUCUAAACUUGAUAGAGUGUUAGUGAAUGAGCCAUGGAUGAAAACAUUUACUCAAUCAUCCACUCAUUUUUUGGUUCCUGGUAUCUCAGACCAUUCUCUUGUUGUGAGGGUUUGGAGGUCAAUUGUUAUUGGUAAUCCCAUGUUCUGUGUGUGUGAGAAACUCAAACAUCUUCAACAUGAGCUGAAGCAGCUUAAUAAAGCUGAAUUCAGUGGCAUCUCUGAGAGGGUGUGUGCCAUUAGGCAGGACUUAGAAAACAUUCAAGCUAUUAUAGGAUCUCAUCCUAAUAAUAGUUCUGCCCUAGCACAGGAGAGGGUUAUCAAGGCAGAGUUUGUUAACUUUUACACGACUUUAUUUGAUUUGGAGAUCAAAGAGACCUUCUGGUCCCUUAAUCCCGCUAAGGCCCCGGGCCCUGAUGGGUACAAUGCAGGGUUUUUUAGGAAAGCUUGGUCUGUCAUUGGUAAUGAGAUCACUUCAGCUGUCCAGAAUUUCUUCAGGUCUAGACAAUUGCUCACCAAAGCUAACUUCACCAUUGUAGCACUUGUCCCUAAGGUUCAAAACCCUUCCAAGGUGGGGGACUUUAGGCCCAUAUCAUGCUGCAAUACCAUUUACAAAUGCAUCUCUAGGAUUUUAGCCAAGAGAUUGCAAUCUGUUCUUUCUUUACUCAUAGAUCUUGUCCAAUCAGGCUUUGUGAAAGGUAGGAGAAUAGCAGAUAACAUAUUCCUCACUCAAGAACUCAUGAGAGGUUACCACAAGUCAUCUCCUUCUCCUAGGUGUGCCAUGAAAGUUGACAUAAUGAAAGCUUAUGAUCAUGUUAGGUGGGAGUUUCUAUGGGAUGUUCUUUUUGCAAUGAACUUUCAUCCUACCAUGAUCAAGUGGCUUCAAGCAUGUGUAACCACUACAAAUUACUCACUUUGUAUCAAUGGAGAAGUGACUGGUAACAUUAAAGGUAGGAAGGGUCUGAGGCAGGGGGAUCCUCUGUCCUCAUAUCUCUUUGUUAUUGUGAUGGAAGUUUUAACAACCUUGCUUAAGAAGAAAUCUCAUCUCCCUGAUUUUCACUUCCAUUGGAGAUGUAAAGAUAAUCAGUUGAUUAAUCUUUGCUUUGCUGAUGAUCUAAUGAUAUUUUGCAAAGGGGAGCUUCCAUCUAUCAAAUACAUCCGGAAUGCAUUAGCUGAGUUUGAGGAUCUUUCUGGUCUCUCCCCUAGCCCAGGGAAGAGUAGCGUAUUCUUUUCUGGUGUUAGUGUGAGGGUUAAGGAAACUAUCUUGCAAGAACUUGGAUUCCAAGAAGGUUCCCUCCCUGUGAGAUAUCUGGGGGUCCCAUUACUAUCUACUAAACUCAAGGCUAUUGAUUGUCAGAGAUUGGUAGAUAGUAUCACUACCAAAACUAAAUGUUGGACUAAUAGGGACCUUACUUAUGCUGGGAGAGUGCAGCUUAUAAAAAAACAUUUUGUUCUCAAUGCAAACAUUUUGGUCUUCCCUGUUCAUAUUACCAAAAAAGGUCAUUAA